AUGGGCAAAGGAGGGUGUGGGGAUGAAAGUCUCGAUACACCAUUUUAUGGUGAACCUGUUCCUUUGAUUGGCCUUUACAUUGCAUCUGCAACAUUGGUAUGCUUCUUUUCCAUGACUUAUGAUUUAGUUCAUGGAUUUGUUCGAAAGAAACCAUUUAUUCCAUGUAAAUUGUUUCCUAUCAACUCAUUCACCAUGACAUUGCUAUCAGUAGCUACAAAAAUCCCAGCUGAUCUUACCACAUAUAUGCCUAGAGUUGAGGAUCAACUCUCUAAGCUCACUGGCACUGCUUUGUUGUGCAUUUCACUUGGGUUUUAUAUGCCUUCACUCGGGACUACUGGCCCAUCCGAGCGCUAUGGAAACUUGGCAGCAUUGAGUGUGAUGGUGAUUACUUUGGUUGUUAAUGUGUGUAUACAAAUGGGUACAGGUGUGAUCUAUGGUUUCAUAAUAGAACAUAUCAUCAUUAUGGUCUGCAUCUUAUUAUUGCUUUUGUUCUUGUGGUCAUCUGCUAUAGCUUUUAGAAGCCAAACAGAGUGUAGAGGGCCGUACUUAUCUAAAAUUUCUGAAGCUAAAGACAAUGCAAAAGAUGUAAAUGGAUUGAGAAAACUUUUAGUGAAACUCCAUGUACUCAAUUAUACAGGCAACCCUCAAACAUUGUUAUGUGAAACUUCGCAUCAUAACGCUUUUGGCUUACUGUGUACCAUUUCUUUAGCAGUUGUCUUACAAGCCAUGUUGAGGUCAUUUGCCCUAAAAAAUAUGUGGUUGCAUAUGAGGUUACAUUGCAAUGGUGGUGAUGUUUCUGACUACAAAUGGUCGAUUCCGGUCGUGAUUGUGUCCCAAUUUCUAACCAUUUUAGUGGGGACUGUCUCUAUCAUCUAUAGAUGGAUUUCUUUUCUCGGCCAUACUCACGGGGAAGAUGUUCGUGCACAUCAAAGUUAUUACAGUCCAGAACUUGAAUUAGAAUAUCUGAAGUUGAACACCUUAUCUUUUAGGUUCCUCAAUAAAAAUUUCUCUAGUGUCUUUCUAGUUGCCAAAAACUUUGUCAUGGAUGUGCUUAUACACACUCAAAUAGUGUUGUAUACAUGUAGCAGUCUCUUCAUUGGUCUCCCAAUUUACACUGUUAAGAAAUUCUUGAAGUAUAUAAUUUCAUUUGAUAAUGAGCAAUCAGAUGAGGAUAUUGAUGAAAUGUAUACUUCAGCGAUGCGGGGUUUUGUAUUAUCAUUUGUGAAUGACGACAUUUUCCAUCCUUGGAUUAGUAAAAUGGCCAUGAAAGACAUGAUGAGAUGGAGAAACACAUAUAAGAGCAGGGACUGUUGUGCAACUCAACUCAUCCAAUUAAUAUCUAAAUGUCCUCUUGCUUCUGUUUCUAAAUCAGAAUGUGUCAUCUUCAUUAGAAAAUUAGAAGCCACAGGGGAAGAAUUUUUAAAGGGAUUUGUGGAAACUGAUUGCUUGGGAGAAAUAUUCAAAAUCAAAUAUGAUUACAGAGUUUCAUGCGUAUCAGUCUUGGUUCUUACAAGAAUGCUUGCAGAAUUGUUUCCAUCUUCCCGUGCUGAAUCUCUAAAGCACAUCUUAGAAGCCUUGAAUGAGUCAUUUGAAACCAUAUAUUUUGUGGACCAGAAGACUACUGAUGCUUCUAGCAUGUUAGAUGAAGCAAGAUGGACUUCUGCAAAAGAUGUAUGGGCGCAAUGGGAGAAUCCCAAUCAUUGGUUCCGAAGUAAGAUCAUCUCUCCUGCAUUCAAGAAGUGUUCAUUGAAGAAAUCUGAAGAAUCCGAGUUAAAGCCACAACAUGUCCUUGAAUUUCUUGGGUAUGCUAGUCAAGCUAUUGAAGAAUUUUUUCGUCAAAAUUUUGAGGACUUGUUUUUCUCUGCCUUAUUUGGUGUGUCAUUGACUAAGAAGCAUGUGACUCUGAUUGCAAUUGAAUUUUCAAUCAUUUGCAAAUUCAUUCUAGAGCAAAAUUAUGAAUCAGUUGAGGAUGUAUUUGAUUUCUUAGAAAUGUGUUUUGUAAAGAUACUCUGUUUUAACCUCUCUAGUCUCCCACUAGCCAUAUUGAAAGAGAUCAAUGGAGAUGAUCCAUUUGAAAUAGGUGAAAGAAGAGUGAAAAAAGCCUUCAAGUUCUUUUGUGAACUUGAGUUGUUAGGUGACACAAUCGAAUGGUCAUGGCCAGCUACAUUUGUCCUUGAAAGUCAAGCAAAUGAUGUCCGUUCUCUUGUUCAAGCCGAGCUUUCGAGUUCUUUUCCAUUAUCUUCCCUUGCUGCUGCUGCUGAUGGUGCUGCUUAUGCUACAGAUGAUGAUGAUGAUGAUACAAUUAGAGAAAAUUGGGUUUGA